CGAGAGACUACCAGUAGCAGCGUCUCUCUCUCUCUCUCUCUCCCUCCCUCUCUCCCCAAAACCCUAACUCCGAAACACUUUCCGGCUAUCCUCUCUCUCUCUCAACGUCGCCAGUAGAGACUGCAGUGAAUUCACUGAUCGAUUCCCUCGUUGUUAGAUCCUCAACACAAGGGAAAGAAGAAAAGUAGCACAUCGGGAACAUCACAUUCACCUCUUCCUCUUGAUUCUUUUGAAACUUAUGGUUGCUGAUCAUGCGUUAUGCAUGAUGCUGAUUCAUUGAUUGUACAACGCACUUACAAGUAUGAAGAUCAUAAGCUGCACUGGCAUUACAAAACCGAGUUUUUUGCUCAUACGUUAUGAGCUACCAGCGCUUACAUUCUGUCUACCCCAGUUAACUACUCCAAAAACUAUAUGGAUUUCAAUUAACCGGGAGAAGAGAACAGGUUUCAGGACAAAAUGUCAGUACUCUGUCACCAGUGGGACAGUUGCAUCCAAUUCUGUAAGUUCAUCUUUAUCCAAAACCGAUACAGUUAACUUGGGUCGGAAACGAGGAAGCUACUCCUUAUAUAGUCGUCCUAGUUUACUUGAGAUGAAGAACGAGAGUAUGGAAAAUCGUGCCCGUGUUUAUGAGUUCUUGAGGGGAAUUGGUAUUGUAACCGACGAGCUUGAUGGGUUGGAGCUUCCCGUGACAAUUGAUGUUAUGAGGGAACGUGUGGACUUCCUCCACAAAUUAGGGCUUACAAUUGAAGACAUAAACAACUAUCCUCUUGUUCUUGGUUGCAGUGUGAAGAAAAACAUGAUUCCCGUUCUUGAUUAUCUUGGCAAAUUGGGUGUUAGAAAAUCUACUUUUACAGAAUUUUUGCGACGAUACCCACAAGUCCUCCAUGCUAGUGUUGUCGUGGACCUUGAACCUGUGGUUAAGUAUCUUCAGGGGAUGGACAUCAAGCCAAAUGAUAUUCCUCGUGUUCUUGAGAAGUAUCCAGAAGUAAUGGGAUUCAAGCUUGAGGGGACCAUGAGCACCUCAGUGGCUUAUUUGGUUGGAAUUGGGGUUGCUAGAAGAGAAAUUGGUGGCGUUUUGACUAGAUAUCCCGAGAUAUUGGGAAUGCGAGUUGGUCGAGUAAUCAAACCAUUUGUGGAAUAUCUAGAAAAUUUGGGAAUUCCCAGACUAGCCGUGGCUAGACUGAUUGAGAAGCGGCCUCAUAUUCUUGGAUUUGGACUAGAAGAGAGGGUGAAACCAAAUGUCGAAUCCCUUCUAGAGUUUAAUGUUAGACAAACUUCACUUGCUUCUGCGAUUGCACAAUAUCCCGAAAUUAUAGGUAUUGACCUGAAACCGAAACUUCUCAGUCAAUGUAGCUUUCUCAGAUCUAUUAUUGAUUUGGGUCCUGAAGAUUUUGGGAGAGUAGUUGAGAAGAUGCCACAGGUCGUUAGCCUUAGCAAAAAACCAAUAGUGAAACAUGUGGAUUUCCUCAAGGAUUGUGGAUUUUCCUUAGAACAAUUGAGAAAGAUGGUGUUGGGGUGCCCCCAAAUCCUUGCUUUGAAUCUUGAUAUCAUGAAACUUGGUUUUGAUUAUUUCCAAAAUGAGAUGGGUAGGUGUUUAGAUGAUUUGGUUAUUUUCCCAGCCUUUUUUACUUAUAGUUUGGAGUCUACUAUAAAACCAAGACAUAAGAUGGUUGCAAAGAAGGGGCUGAAAUGUUCACUUGCGUGGCUUCUUAACUGCUCUGACGAGAAAUUUGCUGAACGGAUGAACUAUGACUUCAUUGACAUGGACGAGACAGAAAUGGAUUCAUCGUUUGACAUGAAUACUCUGAUGGAGCCGAGAAGUGAUGAGUCAGGUUCUGACUUUGAGGACAGUGAUGAGGAUGAGUAUGUAUAGAAUGUGAAUUGGCUCAAGGCAACAGUCUGCUGUGGAUAUUUUACUUUCUUGAAGUGAAGCGGUCAUGUAGGGGACCCUAGGAGCUAGAUCAAAAGGUAUUUGGUCACUACCUUCUACAAGGAACAGAAAAAUGAACAAACCACUUCAAGCGGUGAUUGGAACGUCGCAACCCAGCUGUUGGAAUGCAGGGGCCUUCUUGUUGUGAGUUUUUAGCAAUUUUUGUUUUCUUCUUUUGUUACCAGACAAUUUCAUAGGCCACGAAAAUUCUCAAUGCUAUGGUCAACAAUUACAACACAAAGCUCGAAGGUUGAGGCUAAUGAAACAGAUGAUGGGUAUUAUAUUUAUUGCAUAAGGGGUGUUGAAAAAAUGAUCAUGAAUUGA